AUGGUUACGGGUAUAUUUCCGGCUGAUGAAUGGAAAUUAUCUAAAGUAACUCCAAUGUUUAAACAAGCUAACCGUUCAAAUCUAAACAACUAUCGUCCUAUAUCUCUAAUUCUAGUAGUUGCUAAAGUAUUCGAGAGAAUUGAUUACGAUCAGUUAUACGAUUAUCUUACUGAAAAUAAUUUGAUAUCCAGUCAUCGAUCAGGUUUUAGAUCUCUGCGUUCUACUGUUACUGCAUUGCUUAAAGUCACAGAUAAUUGGGCUUACAAUAUCGAUCAAGGGAAUGUAAACGCAGUGGUGUUCUUAGAUCUUAAGAAAGCUUUCGACACAGUUGAUCAUG